AUGAUUUGUAGAUUUGUUGAAUUGGAGACAUCAAUACGAGGUACUUUGGGCUUGCUAAAUAAUGCUCCAGAGAAUCUUAAACCAGAAGAAUGGGUUAUUUUAAUAGGUCUCAUAAAAGUAUUGAAGCCAUUCGAAGAAGCUACUAAAGCUAUUAGCGGUCAAAAAUAUAUAACAGCAUCACUUGUAAUUGUAAUUGUACAGGGACUCUUCAAAGUUUUUGAUAAUUUAUUAAAAAUGAAUUUUACACAAAGAGUCUUAGAGGUGGUUGAAAAAUUGUUAGCAAAUAUGAAUGAAAGGGAUAGCUUUAAACAUAUGGAAAAAAGUAAAACUCUUUCACGAUGUACUUUUCUUGAUCAACGAUUUAGGCAUAUACCAUUCAAUCAUAAUGCCACAUUAUUGAAUACAACAAAAAAUGAUAUCAUUGAAAAAACUUCAGAAAUUAUUCGCAGCAAAUAUAUUGAAGAAGACGGGACACAUGAAUCAGCAACUUUGGUAGAUGUUACACAUUCCAAUAGUGAACAGUUAUCUAUUUGGAAAGAUAUUGAUAGUUGUGUCGCCAAAUCAACACCUAUGGGAACUGCGAAAUCGAGAGCUAUUGUGGAAGUCCAGCGUUACUUAGAAGAUCCGAUAAUAACAAGAUGUCAGGAUCCAUUAAAAUGGUGGAAAGAACAUAGCUAUAAUUAUCCACAUUUGAGUGGUUUGGCCAAAAAUACAUUGUGUCAUCUAGGUACAUCUGUACCGUGUGAACGAAUUUUUUCUAGUACCGGAUUAGUCCUAAAUGACCGUCGUUGUAGGUUAAAAAAUGAAAAAAGUUAA